AUGCAGAACAUUCGCGCCUCUCGUGAGGCGUAUGCUGCUACUGACCUGAGUGUGGACCAGGGCGCCCGGGAGACAUCGUCAAGGAAAUCUCGAUGGGGCAGAGAGACAUACGCUGGAGCAUUGUGCUUUAAUGUCGCUGCGUUUCUCCUGCCUGCCUUGUACGGCACACUGUCUAAACUCUGGAUUGCCCACAUCGACUCCUCCAUGGUGGCGACUUCGGACGUAUACACCUAUAUCAUGACUCUCGCAGAGGUCAUCAACGAAGUCCUUCCACGUGCCGCUUGGUCGACCAUUGCAACACGCCCAGCUGGACCGGCCCGACUCUCUCUCGCCUACACACUGCUCCUGGCCCAGAUGUUCCUCGGCUUCAUCCUCGCCAUCGUACUGGUUUCAACAUCCCAAUCCUUCACCGAUACCUUCGUUCCAGAGCUCGCUCGCGCGAAGAGCAUCACUUAUGUCCGCAUCAGCAGUUUCUCGACCUUCAGCUCCGCCGUGCAGGCAGCGAUAGCAGCAGCAUCACGCGCGCUUGACCAGCCAGAUGUGCCGCUUGUCCUAAGUUCUGUCAAAUUUGCUGUCAACAUCGUUCUCGACCUACUCCUCAUCUCGACUUUCCAUGUGAGAACUGAAGAUCCGACUGUGGAGAUGCAGGCGGGCAUACAACUCACUUGCAAUAUGACCGCUGCUCUUCUUGGCGUCCUUUACUUCGUCUUCACGAAUGCCUCGUGUAGGAAGUAUUCUGGCAUGACAACCGAGAGCACUACGUCGCGUUUCGCUGCGCUCAAGAUCCUCGUCCGACCAGGGCUGAUCACAUUCGCUGAGUCCGCCGUUCGCAACGUGCUUUACCUUUGGCUCGGCAGUACGAUAGUGGCUCUUGGCUCCACGUACGCCACUGCCUGGGGCGUCUUCAAUACCAUCCGAUGGGGCUUGGCCAUGGUUCCCGUUUCCGCCCUCGAGGCGUCGACGCUGACUUUCCCGCUGGAUCACGCGCGUUUGCACGGUAUCUGA